AGAGCAGCAGCAACAACCUCCGCCGCUGCCGUGCCGCGCUCUGGCCAGGUGGGGCGGUUGGUUGUUUUCCCGGACUCCAUUUUAGGCUCACUCUGGCCUAGGAAGGGUGUUGGGUGAUCGGCUGUUUGGGGGGCAGCAGCGGGCUACCUCAAGGCCGGUCCCGGGCUGGGGCCUUGUUGCGCAUGGCCGCUGUAUGACGCUACCCUCCUGCCUCCUGGGGCCUGGGCCGUGCUGAGCUGAGGAGGAAACAGCAGCUCCCAGUGGACAGAAAUGGGCGCUGGGAGCCGCGCGGCCACUCCCGUUUCUGGAAGGCACUUCUAUGGUUCCUGAGCCUGAUUUCCCGUCUGGCGCCUAGACAGCCGCCGGCCCCGAUGGAGACCCCUGUAGCGGGGGCGCCAGUCACCCUCAUCAUCAAAGCGCCCAACCAGAAAUAUACUGACCAGACCAUCAGCUGCUACCUGGACUGGACCGUCGGGAGACUGAAAUGCCACCUCUCCAAGGUGUAUCCCAGUAAGCCGUCUACAAAGGAUCAGAGAUUGGUCUAUUCUGGCAGGUUGCUUCCUGAUCACCUGCAACUAAGAGAUAUUCUCAGAAAACAAGAUGAAUAUCAUAUGGUUCAUUUGGUAUGUUCUUCACGGACACCCCCAAAUUCCCCUAAACCUGAUACUAUUAGAGAAAGUCAUGAGUCUUCAGCAUCUAGCAACAGCUUGAGUUCAGAACAUUUGGGAUUAUCAUCUCCUUCCCCAGCUCAAGAAACUGUAUAUACAGCUGUCAGUAAUUCUGAAGGUGUGCGACAUCGCAACUUUGCACAGACACACAAUUACCAAAUACAAAGCCAUCCAUUCUCAUAUAUACUGCAGAGUGUAGAUAAUCAAUUUCCUGGGCAAGGAAUAUCAACUGGGUUUCCAGUAUAUCCUACUUUCAGCCCUCUACAGAUGUUAUGGUGGCAACAGAUGUAUGCACGUCAGUAUUAUAUGCAAUAUCAAGCUGCAGUUUCAGCACAGGCAAUCCUCAGUCCUGAUUCUACCAGUCCUCCAGUUCCAGAGCCCUCAAGUUCUGAUCAUGUUCCUGCAAAUGAAGCCCCAGCAGCUCCAAAUGUAGCUCCACAGGAGAACAGACCUAUAAAUCAAAAUGUGCAAAUGAAUGCUCAAGGAGGCCCAGUCAUUAAUGAAGAGGACUUCAAUAGAGAUUGGCUGGACUGGAUAUACACAUUCUCCAGAGCUGCUAUUCUCCUUAGUAUUGUAUAUUUCUAUUCAUCCUUCAGUCGCUUUGUUAUGGUGAUGGGAGCUAUGUUAUUAGUUUACCUAGAUAUUUCCUUACCUAAACAGAGAAUCAGAAUGACCACAGAUGGGACAAAAAUCAGUGGCACAGCAACAUCUGUCUUCCUGUUGGCUUCCCCAUUGAAUUUUCUUGUGGGAAACUGGCAGCACCAAGCUGGAUGGUUCCCAUUCAGACAAGAAGGAUUCCAACAGCCGGCAGCAAACAAUGCAGAUAUAAACCAUGAUGGUCAAAAUGUAAAUAAUGCUGGUCUUGAAGAAAUGGAACGUCUCAUGGAUGAAGGUAUUGAAGAAGAUAGUGGCGAAGAUAUUGGUGAUGUCAGUGCAGAACAGAAUCCUGGAUUUAUGUCUUCUGCAUGGUCUUUCAUUACCACUUUCUUUACAUCUCUUAUUCCUGAAGGACCUCCACAAGUUGGCAACUAAGCAAAGGAGGAACUACUAAUAGAGCAUGGAAGUUGACUGUGGGAGAGUGGUAUUUUAAAUAUAAUGCAAUUGCGCUAUAUAUAUAUAUAUAUAUAUAUAUAUAUAUAUAUAUAUAUAUAUAUAUACAUACAUACAUACAUACAUACAUA